AAUCAAUUUAGAACAGACUGCUGUGUGGAGUAUGCGUAUAUUAAAUUAAUUUAAAUAGUUUUUGUGGCGUUUUAAAUUACUCUGGAUAUUUAAACUAUACUACUUAGAUAUUAAAAAAUAACAGAAAUGGAAAUCUCAUUUAAAGGAAAGAGAAUACUCGUUACCGGCGCUGGACAAGGAAUCGGCCGGGGCAUCGCUGUGGAAUUAUGGCGUGCUGGUGCCAACAUUGUAGCGUUGUCUCGAACUAGGUCUCAUUUGGAGGCGCUUCAAAGUGAAUAUCCAUCAAUAGACAUAGUAGACGUCGACAUAGCCGACUGGGACAAAACUCGAGAGGUGGUUGAAUCUUUGGGACACUUCGACGCGUUAGUGAACAAUGCCGCUAUUGCCAUAUGCGAGCCUUUCCUCAACUGUACUGCUUCGGAUUUUGAUAAAACAUUUGAUGUUAAUGUCAAGGCGGCCCUCAAUAUAAGUCAAAUUAUAGCAAGAAAGAUGGUAGAAAACAAAACCCAUGGUGCCAUAGUCAACAUAUCUUCACAGGCUUCAAAGGGUGCUUUGAAAGACCACACCAUCUACAGUGCAUCGAAAGCUGCUUUAGAUGCCAUGACUCGAUCUAUGGCUUUGGAACUUGGUCCUUAUGGCAUCAGAGUGAAUUCUGUGAAUCCGACAGUCAUAAUGACAGAAAUGGCUAAAGUUGGAUGGUCAGACCCUGCCAGAGCUAAUGAAAUGCUGUCUAAAAUUCCUCUUGGGAGGUUUGGAGAAGUUUCUGAGGUGGUCAAUGCUGUGGUAUUCCUCUUGAGUGAGAGAGCUAGUAUGAUAAAUGGAGUAGAACUGCCUAUUGACGGAGGAUUCCUCGCCACAUAAUAGUAACCAAAGCUAAAUACACACUGAUUUAGCAUACUAUAAACAUUAUAUGGCUUUUAUUAAUAUGAAAUAUUUUUUUAACAUUUGCAUAUUAGUCUUAAGUAUAUUGGAUCUAUAUAAAUUAGUGAAUCCACCAAAGAUGGUACUUUAAAUCCUAUUGCCAUGAUUAUACUUCGUGUAUGUUUAUGUUGUGAUAUUGUUAUCGAUUCUGUUAAUGAACCGUAGAAAUAUCUAUAAAUAAAAAUAAUCUUACAACUGUUAACUUAUAAGUGUUAAACUAUGUGCUUGCGAGCAAUCAUCCACGGCUCAUACUAAUAACACAUACUUUUCAAAUUGUACCUUUUUAGAAUUGCUUUGAUUGCGACUACCUAUUCGUCCUCCUCCAAUUUAACGAAACUUUACUUUUAAGAAUUUAGGCUGAAUUAAAUCAGCUCAUAUAAUGUAUUUUGCUAUUCCUAUGCUAAAUGUGAUUAGUCCAAAAAAAUAAUAACGUUUAAGUAUAAAAUUAUAAGCAGCAUGAAUUAUUUUAAUACUACUGUAAUGUAAACAUUUAAUGAUUGUAUAGUUUUUAAGUGACAUGUACAAAAAUAACGUAAAGUACUACCACUAUUUACAAAAAAUAACUCAAAUAAAACUUCCACUUUUUUUAUUUUGCAAUCGAGUAGAAAACUCCUAGCUUUAUAAGAAAUAAACUCCAAAAAUACAAGAUUUUGUUUUGACGGACGAAGCCAUACAACUUAUUUUGUUGAAUAAAUGCUAUUUGUUGAAAAUUA